AAGUACAAAUGAGAGUUUAAAGAUUUUUUUGUUGUUGCAUUAGGCCCUGUGUGUGUGGGGAUUUCUUUUUUUCUAGCCCCUCUCCUUCCACAGGGAGGUCAUCACACAGCAGUGUCUGACAAAGCUUUACCCCUUGCCCAAGAACAAUACAGCAGAAGAGACACUCAUCGCGGUGGUAACCGAACUGAACCCUAGACCCUUUGGGUUUCAGGAUCCCACCUCAUGACCUCUUUGUAUGUCUUCUGACAUACUUAAAACCAUGCUGUACCUAAAGAAAUACUUCACAGAGGGCCUCAUCCAGAUGGCCAUCCUGCUGAGUCUCUGUGGAGUGAGGGUCGACGUGGGACUGGAGCCCUACCUGCCUCCCUCCUGGCAUGAGAUGAUCCUGGGUCCGACCUCGGCUGUGACCCAGACGCAAUUUCACAACCUCCGCAACCGCCUGGAGGACGGCCAUGGCCUGCAUCCCAAGAAUGUGGACCUGGAUGGGUAUUUCACAGCACGAAGGCUGCUAGGCUGGGUCCGCUCUCUGGACAGAGUACAGGUAGGAAAACAUGUUCCUCAUGCAGAGCUGGAGACUUGGCUGGUCCAGAGAGAGCCAGAUCCUCUCCCCAUGGAGUGUCCAGACCAGCCCUCCCUGCUGGAGAGAGCUCCUGCUGCGGUAGAGAGAGAGCGACGUGAUCCAUCUGUGGAGCCCAGAGCUUUACAUGAUAAUGAGGAAGGAACACCAGGACGCGGUGCUCUAAAUGAGAGGGGACAAGAAGAGGAGGAUGAAGAGGACAACCUGGCCAGGAUGCAGCAGUUUUACAGUUGGACAGAGGGAGGAGGACGACCAGGAGGUUCCUACGGCCGUACUAACAGAGAACUGACUCGGAAUGAAGAAGACCCGACUUCUUUCUCCUUCGAGGAGUGUUUGAGGCUGUUGGAUGAAACCUUUCCAUUUACAGAGGAACAAGAGUUAAGUGAUGUUGGCAGUAGAAGUGGAGAGCUGGAACGUCACCCACCAGGCAGAAAUCCCCUGCUGUCCCCCAUCAUCCUCUCUAAUAACCCCUCUUUGGACCUGGAGCUCUGCUGGCAGGACCUAUUCGCUAUCAUGGAACCUGAGAACACAGAUGUUGAUGAUGACAUGAUGACAUCAUUUGACCACGCCCCAGAUUCAAGACCAUCUGGGACCCCUUGGGGUGUUGGGUCUGCAGCUCUGCACCAAAACUGUAACAGCCUUGACAACGGCAUAACAGACGUUGAUCAGGAGGUCCCUCUAAUGGAGACUCCAGUGCAGCACGGUUUGUUGCAGUCUCCAAGCCAGUCAGUGCUAGAGCCAGCCCUGCUUCCCCUCAUCCCCAGUGCAGAGUUGGAUGACCACAGUUCAGCCUUAAACACAAGGGACAUUUUGAAAAACUCAAACAUGAAUACCUUGCACAGCCCUCCAGAUCACAUGGAUCUCUUGGGAGAGGAUCCUUCAGAAGAUUUCUGCAUGGGACAAAAUGCUGAAGAUAACUCAAGUACCCUAAACAUAAACCUGCUGGCACAAGAUAUUGUAGAUAACAUGGAAGCCAGUCCGGGUUUACAGUACGAUCUCUACCCUGAAGACACGGCUAGCUUUGAUGUUAAUUUUCAUUUGCGUGACUUAACACCUUCUAGUUCUGCCGCAUCUCUGGGGGGUAAUAAUAUGACCGAAGACCUUCUGACAUCUCCCUCCAGUGUCUUUCUGGUUGACAAGGAGGAUGUUGGGGAUGACGAUGGUCUCCCUAGCCCACUUAGUGACCUCCUAGUGGAUGCUGCCAUCUUAGAUGAGAUGAAAUUGUUUGACAUGGCUCUGGAGGAAGGAUUCAGUCCGGAGAUGGCAGCCAGGCUUGAAGAGGAGGGCUACCUGGACUGUGAAGUAGCCAAACGGGACACUGGCAGAGAUGAUGACCACUCAGUCUCAGUCACAGAAGAUCCACGUGAACCAAGAAGCCAUCAACAAGAUGGUGAGGAGGAGGCAGAUUCCGACUCUGGUCUUUCCCUGGACUUCAGCCACAGCCCUGCUUCUCCAACUGCCUCAGAGACCUCUUAUUAUUCCUCUUCUUCCUCCUCUUCAUCAACCACCUCUUCAUCUUGUGUGUCAGCUGUGGAAAGUCCAUACUACGAAGAUGAAGAUGAAGAUGCUGAGGAAGGGUUAGUUAGUUCGGACAUGGAAGUGGAGGUGACAAUAAAACAGGAGGAGCUGGAAGAGGAGGAGAUGGGAGCAGUAGGAGGAGGGUUUCCUGAAAAUGUUAAACUUUUUUCUGCCAACUAUGGUGAUCGCAAACUGUUGAAUGGCUUUCCGUGGCUGGAGCAUAUCGGCCAUGAUCACACGUACAACCAGCCCUGGUCCUCCACCUCCCCUCCAUCCCUGGGAAAGAUGCCCACCAAACACACCAAAUCCUCCCAGCCACAUCACAACCGCAGGCAUUACCACUACUCCUCCUCCAGACACAUCUCUGAGACCAAAAUGUGGAGCAGAGAUGAACGACGUGCACGUGCCUUGAAGAUCCCUUUUUCCAAUGAGCUGAUUGUAAAUCUGCCAGUAGACGAGUUUAAUGACUUACUGACCAGUUAUCAGCUAGGCGAGGAUCAGCUUGCCCUCAUCAGGGACAUACGACGCCGUGGUAAGAACAAGAUAGCUGCCCAGAACUGCAGGAAGAGGAAGAUGGGUGUACUGCUGGGACUGGAGGAUGAAGUGUCUGGUUUGAGGCGCCACCGUUUGCGGCUGCUUCGAGAGAAACAAGACGCCCUGAGGAAUCUGCAGGAAAUGAAACGUCGACUGAACACCUUGUACCAGGAAGUCUUUUCCCGGCUAACGGAUGAGGACGGAAGGCCACUGGAUGCUACAGAGUACAUGCUUAAUUUCGGGGACAAUGAUAGUGUUGUGGUGGCUUCGCGCGAACAAGAGGCAUGGCUGCCACAGACAGGAGAAAAAACAAGCAAGAAACAGAGAAAUAAAAAGAAGUGAGGAGGUGGACAAGCCAGGAAUAUUCUCACAGGAGUUUUUUUGGGCAUUAUAAAAUGCAAGGAGAGUAAAGAGAUUCCUUAAGAGGAAUGAUGCAGUUGUCGAUGAAGGAACACAGGAAUUCUUUAUCUGGUGUCAAAGGAAGAUUUUAAAAAAUACCAUUAAAUCCUCAAACACCCAAACAGAUAUCUCGGAUGGUGAUGUUUUUUAAAAGAAUUGGUGGAUGGCUGGAGAGGAAGUCAAGACAGAAGAAAAAGGAGUUCCCUGAAAGGAAUUAUUAACCUGAUUAUGUUGAUGAUAGGACAACCUUUACUCCAGGAUGUGUUGCUCUCCAUUCUUCACUAUAAACAUUUUCUACACUGGGAAAGGACUUGAAUCCAACUCUUAUGUUUACAUAACACUGAGGUAAAUCUAGGCCGCUAAAACAACAGUCGAUAGAGGACUUUGGACCAGAAUUUAAUGAAGUCUUCUAUGCAAAAUCCUGCUCUCAGUUGCCAAAGAGACUUGAAAAUAUUAAAGAAGCCAUCAGGCUGGUCCCUGACUGUCGGCUAAUUUAGCCAAUCAUAGACACUACAGUGACUGAGCCACAAAAGAAAGGUUGCUGGUGCCAGUUAACUGACUUAGAAAAAUAGUUGAAAAAUGUAACAUUUUGUCUAUAUAAGCUAUAUCACAAUGUGGCAUCACUUGUUAGUAGAAUAUAAUUUUGGUGUCCUCAGAGUAUUUGUUAGUAAUAAUAAAAAGUAAAAUCAAAAUAAAGCCAGUGUUAUAAGUCAUGGUGGAUAUAUGGUCUUUGAGAAAGAUGACCAGAUGAUGAUAUGUCAUCUUCCAUCAUGUGACACGGAAAGUGAUUGGAGAUGGGAGAAAGAAUAUGAAGAAUUUGGUGGACAAGGAGCCUGGAGCUUCACCAGUUUUCACACCUGUGCAUACCUGAUCACUCAUUAAAGAAAGUGGGCUGUUGGAUUGUUGAAGCCACACCGUCCCAACACCACAGACUGAACUGACUGAAACAAACAAUUUGUUAUACACUGAUGAACUGACUGAGGAAUUACUUUUUCCCCCCGUGUACUAAAAGGAUGCAUGAUAGCAUGUGGAUUUCAACUGUGCCUUUUAAUAUGUUUUUAUGUUUUUAUGUUUUACAACACACCUAUUUGUCUGUGAGGCUGCAAAAAUCCUAUUGUCUAGUUCAAACAAGAUGGUGGUAAUCUGUGUUUCAACCGUAGCUGAAGUUGAAGCUGAAAUUCAAAACAGGACUAAAGCCUGCUGUCACUCUUGGCAGGUCUGAAACACAUGGGAUAAAUAUAGACAACAGUGGAGUUAAGUCGUUAAGCUAUUAAUGUUCAAAGAUUGAUGGGUAUGGAAGUGUAAGUCAGAUGCCACAAAUACACAUUGAACUGACUCAGUAAAACUGUCAGAUUUGAACAGACUGAUAAAUUCAAAUUCUAACAUUUCUCAAAAGUGAAGGCAAGUUUGUGUUUGAGUUGUUUUAAGUUAGCAUGUCACCCUCUGGUGGUUGUGCAGAAAGAGAACGGCAUAGAGAUUCUGAUGAAAUUAUUACUGCAAAGGAAAUGGCAACAAAGUUUACCUAAAUGUAGUGUUCUAUAUUGUGGUUGGGAAAGACGUCUAUUCAAAGGUAGUAGGGGAAGUCAUGUUACUAAUAAUAGUAAAUUUAGUUUCUCAGGGAUUAGCAUAGUCAGAAGAACAUGCUAAUAAAUACUUUUACUCCAUGUGUAGUCAGAACACAUUCAGUUUUUAAUACAGUAACUCAGUGUUUGUUUGUUUGUUGUUGGGUUUUUUUUAAGCAGUAGUAGUAGUGGUAGUAGGUGAACAGUACUUGUACUAAAAAAAAACAAAAAAAACUGCUGUACUACCUGUGCCCCUUGUAUAGCGAAGACAUGCAGUGGAAUUAAAUGGGUUAUACCAAAAUCCCAUCUUAUAUCCUGCAGACGUGUCUGUCACUACCACUGAUGGAACAAGCCUCUAUUUGUUGUUGUGGUUGUUAAGUGUUUACUUUUUAUAAAUGCCCAUUUGUGCUUGUUGGUAUUCAAAAAUUUCUCAAACCUCAUCUUUUCUAUUAUUAAAAACGUCUUUGGGUGUUA